AAUCCCCUGAACUUGUUAAUCAGGAUUAUGUCGAUGACGCAGGGUGCAGGUUUACCACCAAUCACGUGUAAAGCGGCGCACGUGACCUGGAAAUUUCCGCCUUUCCACCAGAGGUCGGUCCAACCUAGGCUGACAUCGUUUGUCACGACGACGAAGAGCUGGUCGCGUGCAACGCCAAAUCAUUCCUCGUCUUCCGCUAUCUUUCACUGCCAUCUACUUUGGCCGCCGCAUUUCGUCCAUUUCUCCAAUGUUAUAAGCUUCGCCUUUCUACCUAGCGGUUGACAUCGCAAAUUUCCUACAUUUCCACCGUAGGCGAGCGCAACAUUGGCAGAGGACACCUAGCCGUCGCUUCUUGCAGUCAUGGACCUCGCCAGCUCGCUACCCAUGGAGGAAAUCCCCACCAAGCUCCGAUGCGCCAACUGCAACAGGCUGGCUGUCAACGCCUUCGGCCUGCCCUGUUGCGAUCAGUCGAUAUGCGAAAGCUGCCAGUCGUCACUUCCAGAGUCAUGCCCGGUCUGCUCGCAUAGCCCGGUCUCUAGUGAAGACUGCAAGCCCAAGAAAACUCUGCGCCUCACUAUCAAAGCAUACCUCAGGUCGGAAGAGAAGAAGAGGGAAAAGGAGCGCGCUGCUAGCAUUUCUGGCAGACCCAGCACUCCUGGCACGCCCGCUCCCGCUGGUACACUGGUCGUACAGUCCAUCGAGCAACCUCCCGAACAAAACGCGCCCAGCGCAGAGGCGGAUGUCAAGCAAGAGCAGUUGAAGCCGGAGGAGCCGUCUGAAUCGACAGGCCUCGCGGAGCUCCCGGCAACUGAGGGUCAACCACAAGACCCAGGUUCUGAGUUGGCUGACCAAAUGCAAGCCGAUGUGGGUAAUCUAAGAACUAUACAAAACCAUGGGACUGACAUCAAAAAGGGCGCGACCUUCGCGGAAACCGCAAACGAGGGUGAACCCGCAAACCAGGAAUCUACCGCGGAGCCCGGCGCUACUGAGAACUCCACAAGUGAUGCUGCGAAGGAGGUUCAGGAUGGUCAAGAGCAGACGCAGGAUGAAAGUGUCGCAAAAGAUCAAGAGCAGGCCGGAGUUAUGGGCAUGGGGUUGAACGGAACCCAGGCACAGGGCCAAAUGUUCGGUAAUGGUUUUGGUUUUGAUCCAAGCCAGGGCGGUUUCCCUGGCAUUGCCUGGAACGGCGGCUUUAAUCCUAUGAUGAUGAAUGGCAUGCCAGACAUGCAAAAUGGCAACUGGAAUAAUUUUGGCAUGAUGGGUAUGCCCGGUAUGGGUAUGGAUCCGAUGGCCAUGUCCCAAGGAAUGUUCGGGGGCUUUGGAGGACAGGGCAUGGGCAUGAACGGGAUGAACAUGGGUAUGGGCUACGGCGGAGGAUACGGUGGCGGUUGGCAUGGGCAGCAGAUGAGUGGUAAUGACUUUGGUGGCGCAAAUGCUGGCUACUAUCCCGGAGGUGGAUAUAAUCAACAAUCGCACCAGCAAGGGCGUUUCCCUCAGAUGAAUCAUCAUCACCAGCAGCAGCAGUUCCCAAAGAAUAAUUUCCAGAACCAGAGUCGUUUUCAUGGUCCCGGCGCGCACCAGCAACAGCAGAAGGGUUUGGGUCCGGGUCAGCAAGGGAAUUUGGAUGCUGGCUCGGCCCAAGGCCAGGGGGAUGCUGCUGCUCCAAGCCAGUCGCCUGGCCAAACGGAAGACCCGACUGAUCCGAACGACGCCGCCAAACCGACAUCAGACGCCGGAGACGGCGCAUUCGCACAACAGCUUCCGCCAGAGCUCCAGGACAGCCGACCCUCUCAAUCUACGUCACCACAACCGGAAGAAGCGACGGACGACCAAGCACCUACGACAGAGCAGACAGAAGCCACCGACAAAGCUCAGCAGAAUGGCUCGAAUGCCGGACCGGAUGCCGAGAAUGGCGCCGCCGCUGAGAACGAGCAUCAAGGUGAGACUAAUGAUAACACAGAAAACCAAGAGACACAGGGAGACGGCUCGGUUGAGCAGGCCGAGGUAGGGGUACAGGACACAGAAGACAUGCAGCAGCAGCCAUUCCCCCCUACCGGCAACUUCCAGACACCGCCAAUGGGCCCGUUCGGUACUGCCGAUCCGAGUGUCAUGGGGAUGAAUAUGGGCAUGGGGAUGCCGAUGGGCAUGGAUCCCAGCUUCAUGGCCAUGAACAUGGAUCCAUCGAUGGGCUUCAUGGGCCAGGCCGGCAUGAUGCACGACUUUGGGCGGGGCAGAGGUGGGAUGCGCGGCGGGUUCGGCCGGGGCGGGUUCGCGGGGUUCCGCGGCGGCUUUGGCGGACGAGGCAUGGGCGGGGCGGGAUUCGGCGGCGGCGGGGCGUUUGGAGGCGACGUGCAGGUGCUUGCUGGAGGCGGCGAGCCCAAGGGAAUGGGCGUCGAGGGCGCACCGACGGGCCCGAAGGCCAUGCGCGAGGGCCUGCCGAAUACGGGCGCUAGCGGCCGGGUCAGGAGCGCCUUUUCCGGCAGAGGAGGCAUGCAACCCCAGCCUGCAAUUCCUCGCCCAGACUCGCAACGAGGGUAAGUUGCCUUUCUUUCUACUUUGCAUAUGCCCCCGCCGC